AUGGCGGCGACACCGAAAGCCGCUGCCGCCGCCACGCUGAUGCCGCUGCUGAUCCACCUCCUUCGGGGCGCCUCCGACCUCGCUUCCGUGUCCGCGACCCACGCCAAGCUCCUCAAGCUCGGGGCGGACGCCUCCGUCGCCUCCUCCAACCACCUCCUUGCGGCGUACUGCCGCUGCGGUUCCACCGCCCCCGCGCGCCGGCUGUUCGACGGAAUGCCCGACCGGAACGUCGUCUCCUGGACGGCACUCAUGUCUGGGUACGCUAGCGCCGGCCGGCCGCGUGCGGCCGUCGCUCUCCUCCGCGCCAUGGUGCUCAGCGGCGUGGCCCCGAACGCCUUCACCUUCUCGACGGCGGCCAGCGCGUGCGCGCGCCUCGCCGACGCCGGCCUCGGGCGGCAGGUGCAUGCCUGCGCCGAGGUCGCGGGCUACGCGUGCGACAACGUCGUCGCCACUGCGCUCGUCGACAUGUACGGCAAGGCCGGCAGCGUCCGCGACGCCCGCGCCAUGUUCGACGCGAUGCCUGCGACAGCAAGAAACAUAGUGUCCUGGGCCUCGAUGCUGUCCGUGUACGCGCAGAACGCGCUCGGGCACGACGCCAUCCAGCUCUUCGCCGAGCUCAGAAGCAAUGGAGAAGAUAUGGCACCCAACCACUUCAUCCUGUCAAGCGUCGUGAGCGCGUGCGCCGGCGUCGGGCGGCUCGGCAUUGGCAGGUGCCUUCACGGCAUGGUCCUCCGCCAUGGGCACGAAGACAACGACGUGGUUGCGGUGGCUCUGGUCGAUAUGUACUCCAAAUGUGGCUGCUACGAGUACUCAAAGAAGGUGUUCGACAAUAUCAAGCAGCCGUCAGUCAUCUCCUACACCUCCAUCAUCGUGGCGACGGCGAAAUACGGCCUCGGCAGGUGUGCACUCGCUUUGUUCAGUGACAUGGUUGAUCGAGGUGUGCAACCCAACAGUGUCACGCUGCUCGGCGUCUUGCAUGCUUGCAGCCACUCAGGUCUGGUUGACAUCGGCCUCCAUCUCCUCCACUCAAUGCGAAGCAAGUAUGGUAUUGAUCCAUGCGCCAGCCACUACACUUGUGCUGUAGACAUGCUUGGUCGUGCAGGUCAGCUCGAGGAGGCAUUCGAGCUGGCCAACGAAGCGCGGCUCGAUGGCAAUGACGACCUUUUGCUGUGGAGCUCACUGUUGUCAUCUUGCCGUAACCACAAGCGCUUGGACCUAGCAACCAAGGCUGGCAAGAAGGUAUCAGAAUUCAGCCAAGAUGUAGCCGGUGCACUGGUGGUUAUGUCGAAUGCAUAUGCUUCAGCUGGUCAAGCUGAUGACGCUGCUGCAGUGUGGUCAAACAUGAGGCAGCGCAGCAUUCGGAAGGAUCCUGGGUGUAGCUGGAUCGAGAUAAAGGACGUCCCCUAUGUGUUCUACGCCGGUGUGGCAUCACCUGCCGGUGCAAGGGCUGAUGAUGUGAUGUUGCUACUAGAUGAGUUGGAGACCAAGAUGAGGGAGAAAGGAUACAAGGGAAGAAUAGGCGGUGCUAGGGUCCUUGAUGCUGAUGAAGAAGUGGAUGAAGAUCAUCAUGAUGAAGGCAAGGGUGUGAUGGUUGGAGUGCACAGUGAGAUGUUGACGUUGGGGUUUGGCUUGUUGGUGAUACCCAAGGGGAUGAUCAUUAGGGUGAUGAAGAACCUAAGGAUGUGUUGUGGCUGCCAUGAGGCGUUUAAGCUCAUCAGCGACAUUAUGGAGAGGGAGUUUGUGGUGAGGGAUCUCAAUAGGUUCCACCACUUUAGGAGGGGGUCAUGUUCUUGCAACUGACUACUGGUGAUUCAUCUACAAUCCCUUGGUAAUUCAAUACUACUUGUGAAGUUUCAUAGCAAAUGCGACAAAACUACAACUAUUUUUUCAAAAUUAUCCCUUUGUUGCAAUUUUAGCUACAUA